AUGGCCGCCGCGAGUGAUAAGGCUCGCUUCUACAUGGAACAGUCGGUUCCCGAACUCCAGGAGUACGAACGCAAAAAGAUCUUCACGCGCGAAGAAAUCACAUCCAUAGCCCGCAAGCGCUCCGAAUUUGAACACCUUCUCAACACACCCGGCGCUGCCACGCCAGCUGACUACGCCCGAUAUGCGCUAUACGAAAUGAAUCUGGACUCGCUGAGGAAAAAGCGCUCGAAGCGCAUGGGUGUCAAGGCCACAGCUUUCGCCGGUCAAAAGAAGAUCUUCUUCGUUUUGGAGAGAGGCGUGAGAAGGUUCCAGGGAGACAUGGGCUUGUGGAUGCAGUAUCUGGAGUUCUGCCGUAAAGAGGCGGCAAACAAGAAGUUGGCAAAGGCUUUGACACAGUGCUUGAGAAUGCACCCCAUCAAGUGGGAUUUGUGGACGUGGGCAGCCAAAUACUAUUUCGAGCAGCAAGCCGAUAUGCCGACGGCGCGCAGCUACAUGCAAAGAGGUCUAAGAUUCUGCAAGAGGGAGAGAAAAUUGUGGUUGGAGUACGCCAAGCUGGAGAUGCUCUAUGUCGCAAAGAUUGCUGCGCGACGAAAGAUUCUGGGCCUGGAUAUCGAGAGAACGGCGAAGCAGAUCGACUCGACAUUGGACGCAGAUGCCGACAUGAUGGCACUGCCUGAUGUCACGGCCGACGAAAUCAAGCCUGAAGGAGCACCCGAACCGAAACAAGCCGUCGACGAGGAAGCACUGAAGAAAUUGGCCGCAUCACCUGCCCUGAACGGCGACAUUCCCCGUAUCAUCUUCGAAACUUCGAUGCGCGACUUCAACGACCCUACUCUUGCCGAGCAGUUCUUCGACGUUUUUGCUGGCUUCACAGACGUGCCCUGCACCAGCAAGCUGCUACAACACAUCAUCGAUUACCUCUCCAACCAAGAGUCCGCCGCCAGCAAGAUCAGCAUGCAAAUAUGCUUUGCCAAGCUCGAGCUUCUGGACACAAACACNCAGGAAGCCAUCGAGUCCGCCGACUUCCCUCUCAAGCUCGCCAAAGCUCUCUCCGUACUCAAGAAGGGCAUGGGCGAAUCACCCAAGCACAACGCUGAUUUGGCCGAGAAGGUCGUUGCGCUGUUGUUGCCUUACUUCAACUUCGAGCUCGAUGAAGAUAUCGAGAGAGUUCUUAGAAGUGCUCUUGCACAGUACAUUCGUACUUUGCACCAAGGCAGUUUUGAUCGCGUCAAGGCUGUUGUAAAGAGACAACUCAAGGCUGGCAAUGAAGCGGAGGCUACCCUUCUGAUCGAGAUUGCUGGCAAAGCCUGCCCGAUCCAGAAGGCCCAGCUUGAGGCUCUGAUCAGCUCAUGA